CGUCUUCACCAUGAAACCCAUCUUCCUCUGCUUCCUCGUUACAAUAACCAGAGCCAGCCGGUUUCCUAGCAGUGUUUUGUCUACCAACUAUGGUGCGCCUGCUGACAAUGGCGGUUAUUCAUACGACAGAGAUCUGCUGGGAUCUGCCUCCUCCGUCGACACCGCUCUGGAAGAAGAUCCCAUAGCCGCCCUGGCCGCCAAUAUUCCCGGGGGCGGCGUCCCUGGCCAACACUACCCGAUCCUGGCCUCUGUGCCACAAACCGGUUUCUCCUGCCAGGCUCAGGAGUUCCCGGGUUACUUCGCCGACACCGCUGACGAGGCCCGCUGCCAGGUCUUCCACAUCUGCCAGUUCGACGGCCGCCUCGACUCCUUCCUGUGUCCCAACGGCACCGUCUUCAACCAGCAGUACUUCGUGUGUGACUGGUGGUUCAACGUCGACUGCGCCGCCUCCGAGCAGUUCUUCGCUCUCAACUCCGAGAUCGGCAAGAUCCCUGAAGACAACGUGGCCGCCGCCUCCGAUCUAUCCCUGUCUGAGACCUACGGCGUCCCUGAGGCCCAGGCCUCGGAUCAGGUCCCUAGCGAGCUAUACAGCACGCCAACCAGGUCGUGAGGAGUUCUGAUGACUGCUGUGCUGACUCGGAUUCGAUAAUAAAUGCCUUUUUAACAGUAACAUUAAUCUUUACUGCAUUAUCAUACAAUUUAUUUAAUAAGUUUUUUUUUCAAAAUAAAUUAAUAUAUAUUGUC